AUGAUAAAGAGUGCAAAAUCUGGUAAAAGAACAGUUCGUACUAGUACCAGCGAAAAAGAAAAUUUAAGAAAUCUGCAGAAAUUUGAUCGAACUUCAAAUCCAACACUUCGGAAAGUUCAAAACGAAGCAAGAAAAAACGAAAUCGGCAAUAUCCCGACAGAAAGGUCGACAACUGAUUGGCAGUGGGAAUGCGUGGGAAGAUGUAAGAAACGAUGGACCAUUCGCAGCAUUAAUCAGCAAGUAUCACAAUUUAAAAUAAAGUAUUCCGCUGAUUAUUACCGGAUGUAA